AUUACGGCACUUUCCCUCCCCCUGUUUCAAUAAAGUCACUAUUUUUUUAAUAUACAUACUCAAUAGUUUUAAGUUCAGUAAAUUAUCGUUAUAAUAUUUGUACUUAUUGUGGUUUUAUAACUUAAUAUUUUUAAUAACUAUGUCUAACGUAUCGAAAAGAAGAAGGGAAGGCUCAAGAGCUAAGAUAAAGAGUGUAGGCGACCACAAAGAGUUCCUGAAGCGCAUCACCAAGACAUUGUACUAUGGGCAGUUGCCAUCAUUGCCCUGCUUGAGUCUCCCAGUCACUGAGAUCUCGUGCGAGGUGUGGUCGGUGUCUCAGCGCGGGCGGUCCCUGCGACGACUACACGCGGACGCAGCCGCGGGCAUCGCUCGCAGCGCCUGCGUGUCACCAUGCGCGCUCGUGCUCGCUAUACUCUACCUAGAACGCCUCAACAGUUGCAAUCCAGAAUUCAUCACAAAUGCUGCACCCGCUGAAUUGUUUCUUGUCUCAUUGAUGGUUGGCAACAAAUUCUUGCAAGAUGACGGGGAAGAUGAUGAGGUGAUAUGUUCCGAGUGGGCGGCUUCUGGUGGCCUCGACCUUAAACACUUAAAAAAGUUGGAAGUGGAUUUUCUCAAUGCUAUAGACUGGAAUGUGUUUGUGAGUGAAAAAUCAUUUGAAACGGGCUUGCUAUGGCUGGAGAGACAAGUGGCUCUAAAGCAGGCCCUGUUGCGCGGCUUCUUCACGUACGGAGACUUGAGUGCGACCUGCGACAUGGCGCCCGUCGGGGAGCUGCUGCGGGCGGCGGCCGGGGCCUGCCUCGCGCUCACCCUCACCUACAUGGCCAGUCUCGCGACCUUGGUGACUUCCACGCUGGUGGUCUCGCACGCCUGGCUCCCCACGCUCCAGUACUUGGCCUCCAGGAACCUGGCGACGAUCGCUCUAAAUACAAACAUUAUAGCGCCCAAUUUCAAACACGAACUUCUGAAUCAUAUCGGAAAUUCUACUGUAGACAUAUCAACAGUUGAAACUCUAAUAGUUGAAGAAGUUAUAGCAGCAAGCACUUUGAAAUGCUGUGCCAAAUGGACAAAGUACCAAGAGAAGGUCGAAGUCAAAAAGAAUUGGUACGAUGGCAUGAUUAUAAGCGAUUGGAAAACGUUUGAAUCGUGGUGGUCUAAGACAUCCGUACUGAACUGGUUGUAUCAGAGCUCGCUUAUUAAUCCCUUGCAGCGAUGGCUAGAGAGAAUAAAUGAAUAUGCUGACAUGUUUAAACAAGAAGUCUUCAACGUGGAACCUUCGGCACAAAUAGAUCACUGUAACAAUUACGUCCAGCACAAUUCUCGGCAGCGCUGCGUCCGGCAGUGGCUGAAUCUUAGCAAGCUGAGUUCGCUGGUGGCUUCCGUCUCUGAUCGAUAGUGGACUACAGAUAAUAUUUUAUGAUAUUAAACAGAUAACUUAUUUAUGUAUAAAUGUGAUGUUAAUGGGUUGUUACACUAUCAUACAUUAGGAUCAUAACUAGAUCAAAAAUGCGUUAACUUGAGUAUACGUUCUAAUGAGAUCACGCUUUCGUCGCGUUCUCGACUUUAUAUUGUCUAAUUCUUUAUAUAGUAAAAAACAUGGUAGGUCCUUUUUGUAAGAGCCUAUAAUUAGAUAUAUUAGUUACUUAUUUAUUUAACUUAUGAUAAAUUUAUUAUCAAAAGUGACGAUAAGUUGUUGUGUAAAAUUGUCGUAAGCUGUUUGUUGCAUUACGCGACUAAAAUAAUGUAUUGUUAAAUAACUUAAAUGUUGUAUUAAAUGAACAAGUAGUGAAAAUUAAUCGUAGAGGCAUUAAAUUAUUUAUUUUACGGUUAAAUGUAACUAGUUAACUACAUUGUUUUGUCUGAGAAACUAGACAACAUUAAAUUAUAUGAUCCUAUAGAUAUAAUUAUGUAAAAACCCAGAGUAAAAGAGCCUUGUGUACGGUAUGAGGUGUAGGUGACUUGGAAGUUGCGCUCUCAAGUACAAGACGGAACAAAUUGUUCAUGCUAUUUCUAACUUCAAUUUGAUUUAGUGAUGCAAUAGUAUCGUGUAUUAACAUAUAGAAAUUAUUCGAGAUGGAACUUAUUAAAUUACUAAUGAUAAUCCCAAUGACACUUCUUGACAGACCCUUUAUG